CAUAUAACACAGCUGGACGUCCUUCAAAAUAAACACAUCUUUCUGCCAUUGAAGAACAUCAGCUGCUCCAAAUGGAACCAAACCAAAGCUGGAGUAGUUGCAGACUUGUAAUGAUUCAGUCCCUUCAGUGAUUCAUCAAUCUGAAAGUCUGCCUCAACUCCAGGGAGCAACUCCGAGAAGAGCUCCUUGAAUUUUCCUCCCCAGCAGUCCGGACAUGCAGGGAGGGGUGCAGAGCGCACGUUCCACCUUGGCUUCUAUGGCAACCCCGAUAGAUUGGCUCCGUCAAUAUUCACGUUAAUGAAAAGCAGGGGGCUUUAUGGAUGAAUGAUGUCAGAGAUGCAUGCGCGCUGCUGUUUGUUCACCUUGCGCUGAGAGAGAGUCAGAUCUUUCGGGGGGAGGUGGUGGGGAGGAUGCUUUGUCAUUGAGGAGCUCAGCAGCAUCAGCAGCAGCAGCAGGCACGUCCGACGCUCAGCGCGCUGCAUCCUGAUGCGCCCCCGGCUGUCUCUGAGCUUACCUGGAUUUAUAUUCGUUUUUUUGGUUGACUUCUCCUUUUUCUUCCAUUGAUUGCUGCGUGUUGUUGACUCAUCCCAAUGUUUGAUCCGGAGGUGUCAGAGAAGACAGGACCCGUCCUGCGGAUGCGCCGUCUCUGCUGCACCCCAACUGUAUGAAAUCCAUGAUUCACCCCCCUGUUUUCAUGGGCUCUUACUAAAUAUUCUGUUGGGUUUUUCCUUGCGCACAAUGGAGAGAUUCCAGUCUUCCAUGCGCAAAAGGCUGUACAGUUUGCCGCAAAACAUUGUGCAAAAACCCUUUGUGAGUGACAGUGAAGGAGACAGGGAUGACAAGGACGCCAAAAGGAAAAGUAUUCGACUAAAACAACUGUCCUCCCCGUCUCCCGCCAGCAGUUGCAGGAGCUUUGAGGAGGCCAGGAGCGAGGACUUGGACAGAGACGUGGCGGUCAAGCCCAACUUGAACGGGGACUGUCGCUUCUUCAGGGGCAGCAUCUCCUCCAUCACCGGCCGCCACCACCAUCCCGGCUCGGAUUCGGCCGAGCAGCGGCGCCUCCUCCCGGAGGCUGACGCGGGGGUCCGAGAGAGUUUCCCCGGGGAGCGCGGCCCCGGAGCCCAGCAGCUGGCCGGCGCGGCGGGGCCGCCCUCACUCUUUGACCAGUCAAGUUUCAUCAAGUUGGAGGGUCAAGUGGAGCAGAUCAUACCGGAGGAUGACCGCCUGUACCAGGCUGGCUUCAUGCACCGGCAGUUUGGCGCGAUGCUCCAACCGGGAGUCAACAAGUUCUCCCUGCGGAUGCUGGGGAGUGAGAGGGCCGUGGAGCACGAGAGGGAGCGCGUAAAGUCUGCAGGCUUCUGGAUAAUCCACCCCUACAGUGAUUUUAGGUUUUACUGGGACCUGACGAUGCUGCUGCUGAUGGUGGGAAACCUGGUCAUCAUCCCCGUGGGCAUCACCUUCUUUAAAGACGAGCACACGCCCCCCUGGAUCGUCUUCAACGUUGUGUCGGACACUUUCUUCCUCAUGGAUCUGGUCCUCAACUUCCGCACGGGGAUCGUGAAAGAGGACAACACGGAGAUCAUCCUGGACCCCCAGAAGAUCAAGAUCAAGUACUUGAAGAGCUGGUUCAUGGUGGACUUCAUCUCCUCCAUCCCCGUCGACUACAUCUUCCUCAUCGUGGAGACACGCAUCGACUCAGACUUUUACAAAACAGCGAGAGCCCUGAGGAUCGUCCGCUUCACCAAGAUCCUCAGCCUGCUGCGCCUCCUGCGCCUCUCCAGACUCAUCCGCUACAUCCACCAGUGGGAGGAGGUUUUCCACAUGACGUACGAUCUCGCCAGCGCCAUGGUGCGCAUCAUGAACCUGAUUGCCAUGAUGCUGCUGCUGUGCCACUGGGAUGGCUGCCUGCAGUUCUUGGUUCCCAUGCUGCAGGAUUUCCCUGCAGACUGUUGGGUUACCAGAAACAAGAUGGUGAACGACACUUGGGGUCAGCAGUACUCCUACGCCCUCUUCAAGGCCAUGAGUCACAUGCUGUGCAUCGGGUACGGCCUGUACCCCCCCAUCGGCAUGGCUGACGUGUGGCUCACCAUCCUCAGCAUGAUCGUGGGGGCUACCUGCUUCGCCAUGUUUGUGGGCCACGCAACAGCGCUCAUUCAGUCUCUGGACUCCUCCAGGAGACAGUACCAAGAAAAGUAUAAACAAGUGGAGCAGUACAUGUCGUUCCACAAGCUCCCCGCCGACAUGCGACAGAGGAUCCACGAUUACUACGAGCACCGCUAUCAGGGCAAGAUGUUUGAUGAGGAGAACAUCCUGGAGGAGCUGAAUGAGCCUCUGCGGGAGGAAAUCAUCAACUUCAACUGUCGCAAACUGGUGGCCUCCAUGCCACUUUUCGCCAACGCCGAUCCCAACUUUGUCACCUCCAUGCUGACCAAACUUCGCUUUGAGGUCUUCCAGCCGGGAGACUUCAUCAUCAGAGAGGGAACCAACGGCAAGAAGAUGUACUUCAUUCAGCAUGGCGUCGUCAGCGUUAUCACCAAGAACAGCACGGACACCAAGCUGACCGACGGCUCUUAUUUUGGAGAAAUCUGCCUGCUGACCCGAGGGAGACGCACAGCCAGCGUGCGAGCAGAUAACUACUGCAGGCUCUAUUCUCUGUCUGUGGACAACUUCAAUGAGGUGCUAGAAGAAUAUCCAAUGAUGAGGAGGGCCUUUGAGACCGUGGCUUUAGACCGCCUGGACCGCAUCGGAAAGAGGAAUUCUAUUCUUCAGCAUAAAGUUCAGCAUCACCAAAGUUCCGGUACACAAAACCUUCAAGAAACAGAGAUCAUCCAAAGAAUCGUGCAACAUGACCGCGACAUGGCUCAAUGCACGCAGCUGAUCCAAACCAGCACCGCACAGAGUCUCAAUCUCCCCUCUGCUCCUUCAUCCCCCACUCCUGUCAUCUGGACGCCGCUGAUCCAGGCCCCGCUUCAAGCUGCGGCAGCCACCACCCCUCUGGCUCUGGCCUUAGCUCACCACCCUCAGCUGCCCUCUAUUCUCUUCCACCAUCCUCAAGCUCCAGUUACCGGCUCAGUGAAAGACCACAGCAGUCAUUCCAAGAGUGUGCAGGUGGGUUUGAACACAUCCAGUGGCUCAGGGGCCAAUUCCCCCGCCAGCCCCGCCAACUUUCGCUCCAUGGUUGAGAGUUCAACUCUGGAGAUCCCCAGGACUCAGUUUCCCCCCAUUCCUCCGGUGCCGUUCUCCCUGCCGUCACAGCCCAUCUUCACCGGCAGCCUGCAGCCCGCCCCCCCUCUUCCCAUCCACCAGCCUCUUUCCUUCCCUCCUCUCUCCGCCUCAGUCUUCCCCAUGACCCAGACCACCAUCUCCUACACCUGCUCUCCACAGCUCCACCCUCAACCCUUUGCUGGUGCCAUGACAGCCCCAUCGAAUCCCCUGGGUUUACUGCAGCUGGGGGUGCCGGGGAGGCUGCCAGUACGAUUCCCAGCUCCCACCAUAAGCCCUCUGAUCUGCAGCUCUGUGAACCCCAUCCUGAGCCAGCUGCAGGCCUCCGUACAGCAAACCGCGGUGAGUCACGACAGAGCCAGCAAGACGUCUGGCGAGGUGCUCCUUCCACAUUUUCCCAUCAUCCCUACCGCUUACUCCUCCGCGGGGUUCCAUCAACCUGCCGCUCCGAGUGGAGUGGGAGCGGCAGCCUCCCUGGCCCACCACUCCCUGGUGGGAGUCCAGUCCGCGUUCCUCCCCCAAGUUGUCCCCGAGCACUCGGCCCUCGCCUCCCUGGCACAGUACGGCUCUGCUGAGGCCUCACCUUGCUACACGCCCCCCGUUUAUAGCCCCAGCACACAGAGCCCGGUGAGGGGAAGGACUCUACACGUCCCCGACGCCCCCGGCACCACAAGCUGUCUAACUCUUCAGACCUCAUGCCCUGCCAGGACGGCCUCUACUCUGAAAGAGUCUCCUGCGGAUGUCCUUACUCAGCAAAUAAAAACGAUCUCAGGCUCUCAUAGCUACACACACCAGGAAAGGCCUUUGGCUAUGAGUGGCUCCUCAGAGGGGGCAGCAGGACUCUCCGUCCCCUCCACGGCCGUCAACAAACCCUUCACCCUGAGUCACCCUGCUCCGUGGACACAUUUGGGCGCCGAGCCCUCUGGCGUUGCCUCUCCGCUGCCCAGAUCCCCCGCUGAAAUGUUAGAGAGUGAACAGAAGCAGUCCAAACUGCCCUCCAAUUUGUGAGUUUCAGCCACACCGUUCUUCAUGGAGUCACAGGAAUCACCCCAUCUUUUGAACCAUGCAGGAGGGGAUUCAAUCAGAGUGAAUGAGUUUGAAUCAUAGACUGAUAUAUUUCUGUUGCACAGAGUAUGUAGUCUUUCCAUUUACAAUCCAAAAGAAUCAACUGUUCUAUAUCCUAACCUCUCUCCCUGAUAUUUAUUUGAAACUCACAGUUUUUACUCACACUUUUAGAUACAUCAACAACUUUACUGAGUUGAGACUGAAACCAAAAAUGACUCUUGCCCUCUGUUUAUAUCCUUUUCUAAAGUUUGAAUGCGGGACCCCUCUUUUCCUUCAGUGAUCUGCAGAGGGACAGACUGAGCACUUUAACAGAUAUGAAGGUCUGAGGAUGGAAUGUCUUCCAGGAUAGCUUUUCAGCAAUAUUGCACAUCCAACGGGGGUCACACAAACAAGAUGGAGAAAUGAAUGUAAAUCUGCAUUAAUGUUUCGGUUUGAACGUGUGCGACAGUUAAAGACAAAUGGAAUAAUGGAGGCCGACCCGUUUCAGACUGGCAAUAACUUCCCCUUGAGUGGAGGAUCGUGGCCUAAAAUAGCAACAUAUGCAAUUAUCUGUGUGUUUUUUUAUGUGUGUAAAUAGUUACUGUCAAUUUAAAGCAUUUGUGUCAAUGAUUGAGAUUCUGAUUUUAGUUAGAACUCAGUAAUAUAAGGGAAAUGACUAUUAUUAUUAUUUUUUUAAAAGCAAUUGUGGAUAAUCAAACAACCUAAAAACCAGCAAUGCACUGAGGUUGACGUGAAUGUUUCUCGCACCAGUCAAAGGGCUAAACGGAGUUACUUGGAGAGGCAUUCAACCAGAAACCCCGACGGGUCAUUUUGCUGCAUAUUUACUUCUUUGGUUGUAAAGAUUGUAAUUUUUGAGCAGUCUCUGCUUCGUGAUGCUACGCUGCAUCAAGCUGCUGUUUCUAAAAGCACUCUCCAUCAGUGUGAUGAAAUGUCCGUCUGCUGCUGAGCUGUGAGCAACCAGCCAUCACUGAUGCUUCCCAUCCAGUGACUUUCAACCUCCAGUUGCUCGAGUUUGGUUUUUAAACAUCCUCCAGUGAAGGAGAAGUCAUUUAUUCCAGCCGCUCACUGCCAGUAGACUUCAACCAUCCUUCAUUAUCGUUAUCCUCCAAUCACCUGUCAGUGAUGAUCUGGGAUUGAGUUUAGGUUUAAGUAUUUUCAUUUUUACACAUAUUAGGAGAGAAGUUAUCCAUCUAUUAACUAGUUUAUUUCUCUAUUUGUUGCCUUUAUACCAACAGAGAUGAUUUAAUGCCCUGUAUGUUAAGCACAUAUUAUUUUAGCUACUGAAUU